UCCUCUUUGUCCUCAGCCAAUUAAUAUACUAUUUAAAUUUCCAUUAAGUUUAUUAGAGAGUAUUGCAUUUUGGGAAAUCGACCAGACAGUAUGUUGGAUCAAAGAAGAAGUUUCUCAUUUAGUUCCUUUGAUUUCAAUUCUUCAAAUAAUAGCUCUAGUCUCUUCUCUUCUUCUUGUGAUGAGUUUUUCUCUAGUAAUUUCGUUAUGUAUGAUACGGAGGACGAUGAUGAAGCAUACAUUGAAAUAAACCUUAAUCCACCGCGGCCUACAACAAAAACGAUGCUAAAGGAGAAGGAAUGUAAUAAUUCUAAUUCUUCAGAGGUUGAGUUGCGGAUAUCUUUUUCAUCAUCAAAUGGAAUUUCUCCAAUUGAGACGAUGACAACAACAACAUGUGGUACCACACAACAUGCACCAGGAACAACGACAACAACGAUGACUAAGCCACGAGGGAGGCGCCUUUUCGUAUCGCUGUCUCGCAUUGUGAAUGAGUUCAUAGGUGCAUCAUCGGCCAAUACACUAAAUUCAGUUAGAGAAAUAGAAGCUAAUAAUGUUGCUCGUGAACAUGGACCUGCUCAGCUUCUGCCCCCGCCCCUCUCUAAAUCUGACUGCACGGAGAUGAUACGCAACAGGAAAGAUUGCACGAUGGUUGCUUCAAAGAACAACGGCAUUAUGAACUUUAUUGUGAAAUUAAAGUAUAAAAAUAUUCCAUCAAUGUUAAUUUCCAUGGUAACACCCAAAGCCAAAAGUGGACAAAUCCGCGCCAGACAACCCUUGCUACAGCGUGAGCACAGCAGCACCUGCCCACGCAGGGAUCCAAUGAACAACAACAAUAUGAUGAAAUCAAAAACUCGCGAGCAUUCAGAUCUUGAUUAUCAAAAUCUGAACCACGACAAAUCAACAUCAUCAUCAUCAGUCGCGGGCAUAGUAAACUUUAAGGCACUGAGAGGAGUAUUAGACGGUCUACUUGUUAGGACGAGUCGUUAUUACAAGAGUGCAACAACAAGAGGGGCAUUAUUAUCCGCCAACAAGCAGAAUAUAAGUAAAAGUUGUCCAAGUUCUAUUAAGUCGUCACCAAUGCAUAUCAAUGUUUGUGAUGACGACGUUAGAAGAUUUUAUUCGAGGGAUAAUUCUAUUCAGGCAGCCAUUGCUCACUGUAAGAAAUCAUUUGGCACACAAGCUGAAUUUAAUUUUCAUCUUUGAAAGUGUCAUCUUAAUAAGUAUCUUCUUGUUUAUCUAGAGAUGAUUUUUGUAUAUAUAAUAAAGGAUAACUGAUAGCAUUGUGAAUUGAAGCUUUGAGGAUCAGAUAACUUACCUCAAGCUAUGAACAUGCAUGAAGGAAGAAGAAUUCUAGAGAGAUGAUUUCAGGAGAAGAUAUUUUUCAUAUAUGAAAAUUCUGUUACAUCUCAAUCAGUUAUAUAGAGGUGUUCACUAGUGAUAUAUGUGACAGAUAUAACUAACUUUUGUCUACAGCUACUUAACAGCUCAACACCUCUAACUGCUUUCAUUCAUUCCAAUACUCCCCUUCAAGUUGGAGUUUGUUUACACAUCCAACACUCCAAGCUUGCCCAAUAGUAAAUAGUGUUGUGCAGCUCCCAGCCCCUUUGUGAGUUGGUCUGCAAGUUGUUCCUUUGUAUUGAUAUGUUUUCCAUGAACUAAACCAUCUUUGAUUUUCUCCCUCACAUAAUGACAAUCAAUCUCAAUGUACUUAGUUCUUUCAUGAAAAAUAGGAUUAGCACUGAUUUGAAUUGCUAUUUUGCUAUCACAAUGCAGCUUGAUAGGUGUCUCAGUGAA